GCAGGCGAGAUGUGGCUGCUGCUGGUGGCCCUGUGCCUGGCCCAGGGGCUGGAAGAUGCCAUCCCAGAUGCUGAAGUGUCCCACAACCCUGAGAGGUUCAUGAACAUUAGCCAGAAGAUCCUUUUCCACGGCUAUCCCAGCGAGGAGUACGAGGUGAUGACAGAGGAUGGCUACUUCCUGAGCCUCAACAGGAUUCCCCACGGCAAGGGGGGCGCCGGGCUCUCAGGGCCCAGGACCCCGGUGCUGAUCGUGCACGGGUUUUGCCUGGAUGGUGGUGACUGGGUGGACAAUUUCCCCGAGAGCAGCCUGGCCUUCAUCCUGGCGGACGCGGGACACGACGUCUGGAUCGGGAACAACCGCGGCAGCAGCUGGUCCCGCCGGCACCGCAGCCUCUCCCCGGCCUCCGAGGAGUUCUGGGACUUCAGCUUCCACGAGAUGGCCAUGUACGACCUGCCGGCCAUGGUGGGCUUCAUCCUGAUGCAAACGGAGCAGGAGCAGCUGUUCUACGUGGGCCACGCUCAGGGCAGCUCCCUGGGUUUCAUAGCCUUUUCCAGCUUGCCACAUCUGGCCGGGAAAAUCAAACUCUUCUUUGCCCUGGCUCCUGUGUACACCUUCCGCCACGCCCGGGGCCCCGUGUUAAAGCUGGCCUUCCUGCCAGACCUGCUGCUCAAGGAGAUUUUUGGAACCAGAGAGCUGGUUCUGGUGCCGAGGAAGGAGAAGCUGCUGCUGGCUGAGAAGUGCAGCCAGCCACUGGAAGCUGAAGCGUGUGCCAACAGCAUCUUCCUGGUUGGGGGGUUUGACUGGAACAACUUGAACAAGAGCCGACUGGAUGUGUACAUAUCUCAUUUUCCAGACUACACAUCAGUAAAAAACCUUCUGCACUGGGGACAGACUGCAAAAUCUGCCGAGUUCAAGCAGUUCGACUACGGGCUGAGAAACAUGGAGAAGUACAACCAGCGGAGGCCUCCCUUUUACCAGCUCGAGGCCAUGAGGGUGCCAGUGGCCCUGUGGAGCGGGGGGCACGACUGGGUCACCCCCCACGAGGAGACCCAGCGCUUGCUGGCCCACCUCAGCAACGUCGUGCACCACGAGCACUUCCCCGACUGGAACCACUUCGACCACCACUGGGGCCUGAACGCCCCCCAGCGCAUGUACCAGCGGAUGGUGGCCAUGAUGGAGGAGAAUCCAUGAAUCCAUGGAUCCAUCCAUCCAUCCAUCCAUCCAUCCAUCCAUCCAUCCAUCCAUCCAUCAAUGAACCCAUCCAUCCAUGGAUCCGUCCAUCCAUCCAUCCAUCCAUCCAUCCAUCCAUCCAUGAACCCAUCCAUCCAUGGAUCCGUCCAUCCAUCCAUCCAUCCAUCCAUCCAUCCAUCCAUCCAUCCAUCCAUCCAUCCAUCCAUCCAUCCAUCAAUGAACCCAUCCAUCCAUGGAUCCAUCCAUGGAUCCAUCCAUCCAUCCAUCAAUCCAUCCAUCCCUCCAUCCAUCCAUCAAUGAGCCCAUCCAUCCAUGGAUCCAUCCAUUGAUCCAUCCAUGAAUCCAUCCAUGAAUUCGUCCAUGGAGCCAUCCAUGGAUCCAUCCAUAGACCCAUCCAUAGAUCCCUCUAGUGAUCCAUCCAUGGAUCUGUCCAUGAAUCCAUCCAGGAAUCUGUCCAUGGAUCCAUCCAUCAGUCCAUCCAUGGAUCCAUCCACGGAUCCAUCCAUCAGUCCAUCGAUGAAUCCGUCCAUGAAUCCAUCUGUGGACCCAUCCAUUAAUCCAUCCGUGAACCCAUCCAUCCAUGAAUCUAUCCAUGAAUCCCUCUAUGAAUCUGUCGAUGAACCCAUCAAUCCAUCCAUCAAUCCAUCCCUCCAUCCACCCAUGAAUCCAUUCCUGCAUCCAUCCAUGCAUGCAUCCAUCCAAUCAUCCAUCGAUUCAACCAUCCAUCCAUCCAUCAAUCCAUCCAUGAAUCCAUCAAUGAACCCACCCAUCCAUAAAUCCACCCAUAAAUCCCUCCAUGAAUCCAUCCAUGAAUCCACCCAUAAAUCCCUCCAUGAAUCCAUGAAUCCAUCCAUGAAUCCAUGAAUCCAUGAAUCCAUGAAUCCAUGAAUCCAUGAAUCCAUCCAUCCAUCCAUCCAUCCAUCCAUCCAUCCAUCCAUCCCCCACCCCCCCAUCCCUGUGCUGCCCUAGGAUGGAGGAGCUGCCUGUUCCCCUGUGGGUUUGUGUGAGGGAUGCCCUGCAUUAAAACGUCCCCUGUCCCCUGUUCCGCACUGAUUUAAGGCUUUCUAAUGCAACGCUGUGAUUUUUUGCCCGCCCUGUGUCUGUAGAGAUUCCAAUAAAGUCUUGCAUCACAGCCAAGCUCCAGCCCUUGGCUUGCAGGAGA